UCGCGCGCCACCAGUGGGAGCCGAGCACGGGAGCUGUGCACGGCGUGGCCGGCCCAGCGUGCUACACGAGGUGGUGAACUGAGCUCCACCAGGAGUGGUGCUCUGAGGAGUGCGCUGGGUAGCGGUGCGGGUGGUGCGCGUGAGUGAAGUGAAAGAAAGGUCGGAGGGGAGUGGCGUCGUCAAAGUUGGAGCAGAGGAGCGUCAUGCGCUGGUUCAGAUCCUGCUCUGCUGAGGGACGCCUGGCUGCGGUGCUGAUGAGACGUGCCCUGACAGUGGGUCUGCUGGUCGCCGGCCUGCUGGUUCUGCUGAUGCUGCUGCUGCUCGCCAGCGACCAGCGGACCAGCCACGCCUACAGGGCUCUCCUGCCCCCGCCCCCACAGCAACUCCUGUCGAUGGCUGGGGACGACGGACCGAAAAUGGCUGGGGACGACAGCGACAACUGCGUGCCGCGGGACUCUAUCUUCUUUCUGAAGACGCACAAAUGCGCCAGCUCCACUGUGCAGAACAUCCUGAUGCGCUACGGCGAAAAGCACUCGCUCAACUUCGUCCUGGGAAGCACGGGCAACUACGUCGGAUCACCGACGCCGUUCAACAGGCUAUUCAUUCCGGAUUGGCUUUGGCCCCGCUCUGGCAAGUUUGACGUGUUCGCGCACCACACGCGGCUGCACGUGGCCGAGACGCGCCGCGUGAUGCAAGAUCACGCUGCGUGGGUCACGAUCCUGCGCGAUCCCGUGGCACAGUUCGAGUCGGCCUUCGACUACUACCACUUCGCGAUUCCGCAACACUGGAAUAUGACGCUGAGACAAUUCAUCGCUCUGCCGCUGGAGAGGAAGCAGGCUCUGGCGAGGAUCGGCCAUGGGCGCUUCGGCGGCAGCCAGAUGGCCUUUGACCUCGGAUACGACCCAGCCAUCGUCAGCGAACCGCGCCUCGUGCAGGCCAUGCUCGACGACCUCGACAAGGCCUUCGACCUUGUGAUGAUAGCCGAGAUGAUGGACGAGUCGCUGGUGCUGCUGCGUCAGUUGAUGUGCUGGUCGACUGAUGACGUCAUCUACCUCACCAAGAACGCGCGCUUCGACGCGCUGCGAACCCCGAUGAGUCGCGCCGACCGGGCGGCGCUGGAGGAGUUCCUGGAGCUGGACAUGAUUCUGUACCGCCACUUCCGGCAGCGCCUGGCCCAGCAGAUCGCCGCCGUGCCAAUCGCGACGUUUCUGGCGCGCACGGAGGCGCUCGUGGCGCGCUGCCUGCACUACAAGCAGCGCUGCGUGGCCUCCGAGGCUAAGGGCAGCGAGCUGCAAGGGCAGCAGCACGAGAUCACCGACCGGGUCAAGGGCUACCGGCUGAUAGACUCUUCCGACUGGAUGUGUUCCCGCCUCGGCAUGGCGGAGAUCGGGUACACGGACCUCCUCCGCGACGGCCAGCGCCAGCGGAUGGCCAUCUGGCGCCGGGUGUACGGUCUCCUGGGCAUGGACGUUGGCGCGCCUCAGCAGCCGGAGGAGAGGACAUAGUGGCAGGCGCGGGCGUGUGCGGGGCACGGCUGUGCGCUGGAAGGAAAGGGCGUGGAGAGUCAGAUCAGCUGAUUGGCGUGACGCUUAUUGGGAUGUGGGGGUGCCUGCUGUUUAGGUGAUGUGGCACAUGAGCUGUGAUGCUUUUGUUUUUGCUUUGAAGCACUGACGUAUGGAGCGGUUUCCUAUGUUGCGUUUGGCUUGUUUUACAUGGGUGUCAGUUGAUAGCUGAUGACUUAUGAAUUGUGGUUUUGUUAGACAUGAAGUGCUAUUUUGCGAUACGUCGCCGAAAUCAUGGGAUAUGCAUGAUCGCAUUCUUGCGAAACUGCAGCUUACGGUUAUCUUCUCGGAAUCUGAAAUGAAGUCAGGCAGAGCAUCAGGUUACAUAAGCGUAGUUUUGUUCCCCGCAUGACCUCCAGGGGCCCACUGUCCUGCUUCAAAGGUGUGCGGCAGUUCGGCCGAAGCAGUUAUCUUUCGCGCGGACAUUACUGAUGUCCCUCGUUGACCAACGAAAUACGAGGCUAGUCUGGUGUCAGCGUGCAGUUGGACCUGACCUGAUUUUGUAUUACUUCACCUGUCACCGAGACUGCAGACCCCACGAAACGGGACUGAUUCGAGCUCCUUCGUAGUCAAUGCCUCAUGGAUGUCUUGCCAAUGCUGGAAGCCUUCGGGGACAGUGCGUGGUUCGUGCUUGGCACCAGCUGCUCAUGAAAAUACACCCUGUACUGCA